AUGGCAGCUGUUACCCCAAGGAAAAGGAAGCAACAUUCUUUUAACUUUGACAGCCUAUUAUCAGACAUUCCAUCAAAGAAAUUAAUAUUGGACUUUACUGAAAAUAUAUUUCUACCGCCUAAUAAAAAGCACAUUCUCCAAAGCAGUGAUAAAAAUGAAGAAAAGAUGCGUUGCUUUCAAAAAGACCAUUUCAUUUCAAGUUCCCUUAAUACCACAUCGUGUCCAACAACUAGAAAAAAUAGAUUGCCAUCUGCAAAUCAAGGUUCACCAUUCAAAUCUGCUGUGUCCGCAGUAUCCUUUUACAACAGAGAUAAGUGGUACCUCAAUCCUUUGGAGAGAAAGCUGAUAAAAGAGAGUAGAGCCACUUGUCUAAAAACUAGUAAUGAAGAGAAAUCUUUUCCCAGUGUGAUGGAAAAACUUCAGGGAAAACCUGUCUGCUCUAAGAAGAUGAACAAAAAACCACAGAAGAGUUUAACUGCUAAGCAUCAACCAAGUUAUAAGUGCAUCAAGCCUGUAUCAAGGAAUUCUAAAAAUUCCAAGCAAAAGAGAGUGGCUUAUAAGCCAAUUGUUGAGAAAGAGAAUAAUUGUUAUUCAGCUGAAAACAAUCAGAAUGCUCCUCGUGUUCUAAGCCAAAAAAUAAAACCACAAGUUACACUCCAGGGGGGAGCAGCAUUUUUUGUUAAUAGAAAAAAAUCCUCCCUUAGAAAAUUGUCUCUGGAAAAUAAGUCAUUACUGGGACUUACUGGAAAGAAUAAAUCAGAAGUGAUUGAAGAUUCUGAUGUAGAGACUGUCCAUGAGAGAAAAACUUUUGAGACAAGGCAAGUUCCUAAGUUCUUGCUACAAGAAGUGAACGUGGAGCUGCUGAGUGCAAGAAGUAAAAACGAAGAGAAAUUAAUAAAGAAUUUAUCAGGUGGAGUAGUUUCUUCAAGACAGUGUAAACUUGAUGAAAAUAAGUGUUUAACUUUAGAGGAUAAUCUCACUGAGAAUAAGGCAGCUUCUCCUGAGUCCAUUAUCUACCCCAUUUUCAAUGUGUCUUCAGUCAAUACAAAAAGAUCUCUAGCUGAAGAGCAGUCUUCCGUGGGCUGCGUUUUAUCUACCAACUUCUUGAAACAGACCAGUACACAGAAAAAUGCCAGAGAUACAAAUAAAGAAAUAAAAGACCAGUUCAUCAUUGAUGCAGGUCAGAAGCAUUUUGGGGCUACAAUAUGUAAGUCUUGUGGCAUGAUCUAUACUGCUUCCAACCCUGAAGAUGAACUGCAGCAUGUUCAGUAUCACCAGAGAUUUCUGGAGGGAAUUAAAUAUUCAGGUUGGAAGAAGGAACGUGUAGUAGCAGAGUUUUGGGAUGGAAAAAUUGUGUUGGUCCUGCCACAUGAUCCAAAUUAUGCUAUCAGAAAGGUAGAAGAUGUCCAAGAACUUGUCGACAAUGAAUUAGGAUUCCAUCAAGUUACUCCUAAGUGUCCAAACAAAAUCAAAACUUUUCUCUUUAUAUCUGAUGAAAAGAAAGUAGUUGGGUGUUUAAUAGCAGAGCCUAUCAAACAGGCUUUCCGUGUCCUAUCUGAACCAAUUCGCCCAGAAUCCUCAAGCUCUAAAGAAAGUCACAGGGCUUGGCAAUGUUCAAAUGUACCGCAACCUGCAGUCUGUGGGAUAAGUAGAAUCUGGGUCUUCAGACUAAAGAGAAGAAAGCGCAUUGCAAGACGACUAGUAGAUACUCUGAGGAAUUGCUUCAUGUUUGGCUGUUUUCUCAGCACUGAUGAAAUUGCAUUUUCUGACCCAACCCCAGAUGGCAAAUUAUUUGCAACCAAGUACUGCAACACUCCUAAUUUCCUUGUGUACAAUUUUAGUAGUUAA